AUGCCAGCCAUCACCUGCGCUUCUUCGGCAGUUCACUCACCUGUAACCUCACCGACCACUCCAACCGCCACCACCGUAUCCGACUCAACUGUCACAGCUAUUUCUGCAGGCAUGGCAUCACUAUCAAUCACCCCUUGCGUAAGGACGUUGAUCGUAGACGACAAUGUAAUUACCGCAAGGAUGCUAUCAAGAAUUCUUUCCAGAGAAUUCGGUCACACUACCACUUGCACCGUGAGCGGCAAGGAAGCACUCGAGCGAUUAUCCGACGAAGCCUUUGACAUCAUAUUCAUGGACAUAGAUAUGCCCGAGUUGUCAGGUAUCGAGACCACCCUCGCGAUACACGCCGCCGGUUCAACGGUCUUGGAAGAGAAUCGAAAAAUUCCGAUAAUCGCCUACACCACAAAUCCCUGCGAGGAGCGAUACUUUGAGGCAGGGAUGAAUGGCUGG